AUGACGAGCUCGUACCACGCUCUUGUGCCGCACCAUCCCGCUGUCCCCCUUCCACCACACACUCGAGAGUACGAUCUCCUCUUCCACGGUAAGCCGGAGGUGAGAGUCACUGUCACCUACAACGUGGAAGCAGUCAACGCAUGGAUUCGACAAUACUUGCUCGAUCGCGCGGCCCGGCCCGAGCCUCGCGAUCAGUGUACCGUCGGACUCGGCGGUCGCUUCACCCCCGGCGCUGCCGGAGCUACUUCCACAUUCAAUAUCUGUUUUGGGAGGGCGUGUCUGUUGAAACAGACGGCUCGCAUGCGUUUUCUGCCGCUUUCCGUUCAGCAAGCCCUCGCUGAUCUCACCAUUGUUAAGAGAUCUUGUUAA